UGUAACAGGGAGAAAGAGCCGAGAUACCAGCGGACACGGACGGACGCCCUCGCUCGUCUUCCCCUCGUGUCUAACGGUUGUUUCCAAAUGGCAACGAAGGUGGACGACCAGCGGGAACCGGCGGACGUCGCUGCGCUGUCACCCCGUCACGGCUGCCAACACCACAACAGUAAUAACAACAACAACAAUAACAACAACAACAACAAAGACAGCGAGUCGGCGGGAGAGAGCGCGACCUCAGCCACGGCCGGCACAACGGAGUCCGGAGGGACGGCGUCGCAGGGCAUUGGCAACGGCUCGGUCAUCAACCCCGCCGGGGGAAACAACGGGAAGUGGGUCCGGCUGAACGUUGGCGGCACGGUGUUCCUCACGACGCGGCAGACCCUGCUCAAAGAGCAAACUUCGUUCCUGUACCGGCUUUGUCAGCAGCAGGACCUGCACUCAGACACGGAUGAGACUGGAGCCUAUGUGAUCGACAGAGACCCUACAUACUUCGGCCCCAUCCUAAACUACUUGCGGCAUGGCAAACUGGUCUACAACAAGGAGCUGGCUGAAGAAGGUGUCCUGGAGGAGGCUGAGUUUUACAACAUCACACCGCUCAUCAAGCUCAUCAAGGAGAGGAUCGUGGAGAGAGACUCUAAAGCCACACAGCAGGUGCCCCCCAAGCAUGUCUACCGGGUGUUGCAGUGUCAGGAAGAGGAGCUGACCCAGAUGGUCUCCACGAUGUCGGACGGCUGGAAGUUUGAGCAGGUCAGCGUGCGCGCCUGCAGAAAGCCCCGCACCGGACUGCUCUGGACUAUGGUGAACAUCGGUUCAUCUUAUAGCUACGGAACAGAGGACCAGGCUGAGUUUCUGUGUGUCGUAUCAAAGGAGCUUCACACUCCUGGGUCUGGACUGGGCACAGAGCAGAGCCACAAAACAAAGUCGGCCGAGAUGCAGGAGGAGGAAGCUGCGAAGGAUGAGGAGGAAGAGGAGGAGGAGGGGGAGAGAGAUACCACACCGAAUGAGUGGCUUAGAGAAUGAGGGAGGCAUGUUUCUUUGUUCCAAAGAGAGCUUUUCCAGAUCCAUGGGUCCCGGAUGUAAAAAAAAAAAAAAAAAAAAAAAAAAAAAUAUUUAAAAAUGGAGGGACGACAAAGAAAAUAAUUUAUUUUUUCUUGGCUUAUUAUGACACUGUAUAAGGUGUAUGUGUGUAUUGCCUCAGCAGGCAGCCAUCAAAACAGAUCUGUAGCAUUUCUGUCAGUUCAUUUACAUAAUGCCAGUUGGAGUAAUGACCAAAAAGAACAACUAAAAGACAGCCUCAGCAAUAUCUUAAAAAGAUUUUUUAUGUGACACUAAUUUUUUUUGAAGAAAGAAAGAAUAGUGUGAGCAGUAGUGGAGCUUAGUAAACUAUGACCAAAGAUUCAGAGGAAAGCUGGCUGAUCCAAGGUGCUGAAUUCAAAAAACAAAGAAUAUGAAAUCUAAAUUCAGCCUUGUCUUCAUUACCCAGUGAGGAGCUCUGCUCCGUCACUCUUAUCUGAUAAAUGGGAAAUGGAGCAUAAGGAUCUGAUUACUUCUGCCUUUGGAUUUGGACAAUUACAGAUGCAGUUUUAUCACAUUGUAGUACUUUUAGAUGAUUCUACCCACUCAUCUGUUCAAUUUUGCAAACAUUUCUAUGUAAACAUUCACCUUGUCAAAGAAACAAUACCUCCACAGUAAUCCCAGUAGCUGUUAACUUGAUUUCUAAGAUAGGACCAACUCUACUUGAUCAUUAGCUUGUAAAAAUCAGAUGUUUUUUAAUUAUUUCAAGUAAAUUCAGGUUAAUGUGGUGAUAUUUGAUCUUUUUAAGCCUUUUAUUGGUUUGUUCGGCUUUUAAUCAAUGGAUGGAAACAGUGCAGUGUAAUGCAGACAAGGUUAUUUUAUUAAUGUAGGAUUUAUAUUCCUUUAUUUACUAGUAAAAACACUAGCUUUUCAUCCGCUCAACUCUCAAUGACAGUCCGUGCCAAACUGAGCUCAGAGCAACAGCAGCCACUCUCAUGCUGCUCCUCCUGCAUCAACACCCUGCGGUGCGCUGAUACACACCUGCAUCACCACGUGCCGGUGCAUGCUCAGCAGCAGCCUCGUCUCACUCUGUCGCCUUGGCUGCGAUCCACAGCCGGCUUUGGCCCCAGCUGACGGAGAGAUGUUGGCAUGAGUUAGCAAAGAGAGAGAGAGAGGGAGAUCAAACCGAGCAGGAGCGAGUGAGACAGCAGUGCCGGGGGAAGUUACACUACAUUGUUUUCUUUGAUUGUUUAGAGAGAGGACAGCUCUGAGCUCGUACUAUCAGCUCUCACUGUGUGCAGAUCUGGCGCAGUGCAGGUGUGUGAUUGAAAAAGGUUUGAUGAAGUGGUAAAUUACAUAACACAUGACUUCUAACAGCCUCUGUUGGCAACUUAUAGGAACUGCACCACAGAUCAGAUCUGAAUCCCUGCAGGUCUGUGGAACAAAACUUGAAAGAAGUCUGUUAGUUGAUGUAAAUAGACUAAAAUACUUUUGUUCUACAAAUAGACCUGCCAGAGAGAUAGGAAAUUACUUUGAAUUUCCUCUUGCCUAGUUGUAAUAGAGAGCUUGAUUAUAAAGAGCCAUAACUUAAAGAAAACAGGGUAAACAAUAUUUUUAACAACAGCAGGUAAAAAAUAUGUAAAUAAGCAUUUAUUCUACAAUAUAUACUCACCCUUUAUGUCAUAGCUUAUCAGAAAACAAUGAUCAGAACAGAAAACGUGUUCAUCAGAUGCAAAUGCAGCAAGAUCAAUGAUAAAAAGAAAGAAUUAUAGAAAAUAUUUAAAUCAACGAACAACCAUAGUUGUGAACUUUAUUCUGAGUUAUCUAGGCUAGAUAGUUAGCUCCAUUAAUAUUCCAAAUUCAAGUUAGGUGUUUUUAACCUCACUGUAGCUUUGUCUAGUCCUUCUGUCCUCCUCUGUGAUUGGUUAACUCAGUCCCCGCCUCAAAGUUUGCUUUCAGGGCUCUUUGAUGGGCAGGUCUGUCGCUCCAGACCUGGAGCCCACUGAUCUUUCAAGUCCAUGCCAACUUAUUAUCUUAUCCUAGAUCAUGAGCUUCUCCUGCACAAAUUGAGUAGCGUUUGUGCCUAAACCUAACCAAAGCGUGAUGUUUCACAGUGUUCUCUGCUCAGUUUAAGCACAAGAUAUGGGACUGGGAGGUUUUCAUGCAACCAAACUCCUGCACACUGUCUUUAUUGCACAAAAAAUUGGCAACAUUUCUGCAGGGAAAAAACUGACAGGAGUUAAACAUUGGCAUGAAGGACAAUGCGAAUAAAAAGCACUAAAAUGCAGAGUUAAACGCAUGUCUCUCCCCCACUCUCUGAUACCUGUGUCCAACUCUGUCCACUGUCCUCCUCCAUGAAUUAAAGCAUAAAAUGCCCAGAAAAUAUAUCUUUAAAAAAAAAAAAACUGGGCAAUAACAAGUGUUUUGAUUUCCCUGAUGUGUGCUCGCUGAGAGCAAAACUGAAAAAUCAACCCGUUUGAAAAGAUAUCAGCCGCAUUUCUGCCAGGCGAAAUUAAGUCGCUGGGGGGAAAGCUUGCACUGACUCACAACAGGCUUGAAUAAAAAUAAUCUUGUGCGAAUUAUUUGCACGACAAAAAUGUCCUUGGCGUGCAAGAACUUUAAGCCUGCAAUUUUUGGUGGACUCAUUCCUCGUCUUUGCACCUGACCUGGGAAAAGGUUUAGUUUUUUUAAGCCUUUGUACUUCACUAACAACAUAUAAUAGAGAUUUUAUCAUUCAAAAAUACAGAGGUCAAGUAUCAAACUUUUUUUGAAAUCUUAAGGUUUAUAAAGCUGCUGAUUUGAGUCCUGUGUUUGAGGUGCUAGCUAGGCCCUAUGCUAGCCAGUGGGAGUUACUGACAAGUACAAAGCAGAGCUGUAUUAAAAAACGUCUAUAUAAGGUGAUAAAUAGCAUUCCAAUGUCCUGUUUGACCUUAAUGACCAAUCAAUAAAUAACACUUUCUUGUAUAAAAGAUUCAUUUCAAACAAACGCUAGGCACUGUCAUCUUCUUUUACAAACAGGGCUUAAACGUCUUUUUAUGUCUAUUCAUUAAAGUAUAAGAUAUUACAAGAUUUAAAAAAAGAAACAAAAAAAAAAAAUCAUGCAUUUACUCCUAAAUUUCUUUCUCCUGGUCCAUGGAGCAGAGAGUUAAUAUCUGGAGCCAUACUGAAAGUUUGAUGCCAGAAGCUUACGUCUGACCCCCUCUUUGCUGCUCUCCUCUACUGUUAAAACUGACAGGCCAGAUAGAUACAGGAACAACAUAGAUUAACAGUAAAGGUUAAAAAAAAACAUUGAGUCACAAUGUGAGACAAUCCAUUAUUAAGAAAAUAGUCUGUUAUCGUUUAGUAAGAUUUAGAUAAAUCUGAAAAAGCUUGCAAAUGCAGCAUUGCCUCUCUGUGGAGUUGUUAAGACUUUGCAUUAACAUCUGUUGUAGACAUCUGGAUACUAAAGUGGUAAUCCCCAAUGCUAGGUGUGGAUGCACCUCAGUCGUACUAAAGACAGUUAGAUAUCUGAUGGCUCAGACUGUUUACGGCGAUAGACUGGGGUGCCUUGAGUUGUCGUUUCCUUCUAAGAAGAACCAGCAAGGCUUAUUUGCUAAAUACUUCAUCCCUGUUCUCUUUAAAAGCAUGUUCAUUACAAAAUAUGGGAGAAAAGCUGUUAAAGAGGCUCUGCUAGCUUCUUAGCGUGUGGCCAAUCCAUCUCCAUUCAUUUUAUCAUUGGCUAUAAAACCACACACAGCAUGCUGGGAUAUCCCUAGCCACAGAAGCCUGAGAGCCAAAGAAAUCAUGCCUGGGUUGUUAAUUGCAUAAGAGGUCUGUAGGCCGUCUCUGAAGAUGUGUUGUUAAUGCGAAGCAUGAAUGCGCGUACUUAAAACAGUGAACUUGGUAUCCAAAAGACCAAAACAGAUGUUGAAUGCAAAAUGCGAACAGCCCCUAUGUCCGCUUAAAUAAAGCGUCAUAUGUGAAAGGAUGAAAUAAAACGGACGUCUUGGACCUCUAAGGUCACCUCUAAUAUGCUUUUAGCCAAUAAAUGUUUGAUUAAUAACUACACAGUUAGCUUGUUGUGCUUAUGAUAAUCAUAACUGACAUUAGAAGGAGGUAGAAGACUGAAAGACACAGUUAUGUUUAUUGCUUUGUUUUGUUGCUGCCCUUUUAACUUGGAUCAUUUGGUGCCUUGAGUUCAUCAAAACAUACAAAGUCCUACAUGUCAAAAUGGUCACAGGAGUUAUUACGUGCUUUUUUUUUUAGAUAGCUGAGUUAUUAUUUUUGUCGACCAAUGAGUAGUUUACAAUCUCACUGAGGUUUUGUGUGCUUUUCUUCCAGUGCAGAUUUGCUGUGAGAUUUGUAUUUUUUCAUAAAGUGUUAGAGUGGAUCUAGAGAGAGUACACUGCAAACUUUAAGCUGUUUUGUAUAAAAUGUCAUGCCUUUUUUUUAUUUUUUGUACGUUCAGUUGUUUAAUUUAUUCUUUUUGAAUGUUACACUCAAAGGAAUUUGGGUUUUGACUUUUUUUAGCAUGUGUUGGGGAUGGGGUUUACAUCUUUUGUGUUAAAUGAUAAGCUUUUAUUUGGACUUGGACAGUAUGUAGAGCUUCAUUCUUCAGGUUUACUACAUUUAAUACAUUUUAGUCAACAUAAAUACUGCUGAAUGGACUUUUUGCCAAGACUAAACUCCUCUCAAAUGAAAGCAUUUUACCUUCAGUUUGCAUGUCCAGUGACUUUGUUGGGUUUGCUGGAUCCACUCUUUUUUUUUUUUUACUGGUACACUAUUUCUGCUGAACAUUAGAGUGUGUUUUUAUAGUAUCUGAUGUGUAAAAGUCUACAUAGCAAUCCACUUUCAUUCUUCUGUGCAAAAACGACAUCAAACAAAUCUUUCAGGCAGCUGUGGAUAGAAAAACAUUUUUAUCUGAUGCUGGACUUUCUUCUUCUGCCGUCCAUAGAGCCUGAGUGUCUGUAACCAUGAAACAAAACUGUGUGACUCUUGAAAUGUAACUCCUCAGAUUAUCAUGUACAGGCUUUGAGGAACGCUGUGUUUUCAUUUCAUUCUGCUGUAUUUCAUCAGGAUCGAACAACAUUUACAACAAUGUGACUUAAGUUGUUUUCUUUUUUUAUUUAAUAUAAAUGAAUGUCAGCAUUCAACAAAAAUA